CGUCACCUCUUUCCAGUAGAAGCUUACAUUUUGUUCCUGACUGCCUCAAAGCAUGCAGGACUUUGUUCAGGAAUUCGCUGUCACAUACAGGAUGCUCUGAAACCUUUCCUUUUUUCUUUUUUUUUUUUUUCUCUGAGGGGCUGGACUUGUUUCCCUUAUAAACACUGCCUGCAGAGCCAGCGGCUUCCUUAAAAGUAAUUGGUUUCUGCUGGACGGCAAGUAUCGCUUUAGCGAAGCACAAAAUGCAUUUUAGAAAUUUUAACUACAGUUUUAGUUCUCUGAUUGCCUGUGUGGCAGAUAGCGAUGUCUUCAAUCAAGCAGAAACAAGGGCCAAAUUUGAAUCGCUGUUUAGAACAUACGACAGAGAUAUCACCUUUCAGUAUUUUAAGAGCUUCAAAAGAGUACGAAUAAAUUUCAGUAACCCUUUAUCUGCGGCAGAUGCUAGAGUCCAGUUGCACAAGACAGAGUUCCUUGGAAAGGAAAUAAAACUGUAUUUUGCUCAGACUCUGCACAUUGGAAGCUCGCAUUUGGCACCACCAAAUCCAGACAAACAGUUUUUGAUUUCACCUCCUGCUUCUCCACCUGUUGGUUGGAAGCAAGUAGAAGAUGCUACUCCAGUGAUUAACUAUGACCUUUUAUAUGCUAUCUCCAAGUUAGGACCAGGAGAAAAGUAUGAGCUACAUGCUGCAACUGACACUACCCCUAGCGUUGUUGUCCACGUAUGCGAGAGUGACCAGGAAAACGAUGUGGAAGAAGAAACAAAGAAACCCAAACCAAAAAUUAUUCAGACAAGAAGGCCGGAUUAUACCCCUGCCCAUUUAAGUUGAACUGCCAUAGUAUUUCAAGGGUUACAAGUAGGUGUGUUCAAGGGAAACAUUUACUAUGGAAACGGCAGGUCACAGGUUUGGUGGCAACAGCAGCAGUUGUAGUAGGAGAAAUUCCAAUGUAAGUUUGCUCAGAAAAAAAUACAGGAAUUUUCAUCCUUAUUUUUGAUGCUGCAGGUCAAUAGAUGUCACGGGUGUAUUCCCCGAUCACUGGGAAUGAAGAUAGGCAGAAGACGGCAUUUUGAAACCUAACAAGACAAACUGUGGGUUUAUUUUUUGGGGGUACUGUAGGCUUUUACAUUAUAAAGCAACAGGGGGAAGCUUUCUUUGUUCUGUCUCUCAUAAAUCCUCAAACUAAUAGGCUAGUCAUUGUGUGGCAUACAUAGCGAUAACAGAGGUGGUUUUAAAGGUAAGACAUUGGGAAUUGUAAACCUUUUUUCUUAUAAUAGAUUUUGUGCAUGUGUAUUCUUGGUCUUCUGAAAGUAACUUUGCAUUAUUUUCUAUAGUUUCUCACAUGUUUUUGGAAAUCUGGGAAAUUGUUUAAAGUAUUUAUUAUCUCAGCAUCCCGGAGUUACUACUAGAUAUGUAUAUACAUAUAUAUUUAUAUUUGUUUUUAUUGGCACUCAGUUUUCAGCAGGCAUACAAUUUAUUUGGCACCCUACCUUGGUGCUAUGUAACUUGUGCUCUUAAAUUUUACUCUUUUAAAUGCCUAUGUAGGGUUUUGUCUGGCAAAGUUAUAGAAAAAAUGUGCAAUAGGAAAGUUGUUUAAAUAAGUUGAUUUUAAAUUAUUUAAACUUAAAUAAUUUAUAUCUUCAAUAACAUUUGUUCAGUAAUCUCAACUUUCUCAUUUGGAAAAAAAAUAAGUAUUCUUAAAUGUAUAAAUAAAGCUAAUGUUGCAUAUUCACAGCAAUGUACUUUUCCAGUGAAAAAAAUGGUAAUGAAUGGAGAGUAAUGAGAACGCUACUCAAUAUGUGAAUCUACGCUGCUGUGAACAAAGGUCUAGCAGUGAUUGGAAAAUUGCACACACUGUGUAGAACAGCAAAGCGAGAUGGAGUGCCUUUUCCUCAUUCAUUCCUGAUGUGAACUGUUCUACAAGCUGCACACUUGUAUCUUUUUCUACUGGCUUUCUAUGUCAAUAAGAAUAUACUUUCUUAGCUUUGCUUCCAAAAUAAGCUGGUAUUUAGAAAUGCUUAAUGCCAAGUAAUGAUGCAUACUUAAGUAAUGGGUAUACGUGGGAGAAGCUUUUUUUAAAUGUUAGUGUUUAAAGACAGUAGCUUAUCACAUACAAGUUUGGUGGAAGAAAGAUGGCAGAAGUGUAUUUUCUUAUUUGUUUUUUAAAAUGGAGAUCUUCACUUUGAAAUGGAUUUCAGUAUUUUUUUUAAGAGAUAAUAACUGAUAUCUAUGGGAAAAUAUCACUUACAAUUUUUAGGGGAUGUUUGAAGCUUUCCAACAUGUUUCUAAAAAUCAAAAGUUUGGUUCUGUCAAUUCACUUUUGCCACAGUUGGUCCGAGGAUGAGUUUUGUAGCUGAAGUUAAUGUUUUAAAAAAAAAUCCAUUCAGUGCCAUUUGAAGCAAACAUUAAUUUAAAUACCCAGGUUCACACCUCAUUUUUAAAACAAAAUAUUAGUGAAGCAAGUUGUGUAAUGAAGCCAUUCCAAGCUGUGGUGCAGUGUAGACGUGGUUUAUUGAAGGCAUGUCAUUAUACUAAGUAAAACAGAGAUUGAUAUCCUGUGACCAAAGAUAAGAAGAAUAUAUUAAACUUAAGUUAUGACCUUGUUCUGAUUGUUUCAGUUCACAGGGCAUACCAAACACUGACAAUUGGUGUCUAUCUUGGACCUAACUCAAGUGGCACACUCUCCAAUUUAAGGUGCUUAAGGUUAUUUUGCUUUUUUAAGGUAUAACAAUCAGCUGGAUACAUGUUCUGCUUAUUAACGCCCCAAAAUAAAUAAAAUGGAGAGGAAACCUUGUAAGCUUGUUACAACUGUAUUUAAGCCUUCCCAAGACUUUUUCCAUGUUUCUAAAAUUACUGCUGGGCUUAGGGUGUUUUACUUCUUACAGUUUGAAAUUGUUGAAAUCAUUUUUGUCCUCUUUCCAUUUUUGUAUGAUUACCAGUCAAAGUAUUAGUUUUGUAUUAGAGACUUAGUUGUUGCUCUGCUUUGUAGCGAUACAAAGAAAGCAGUGCUGAUUUUCAAGUAAAAGUAAAGAAAGCUAAACAAAAAUACGAUUUUCCCAGUUUAGUACACUGCCGUCUGCCUCAUAAAGGUGGGCACUGGAAACCAUGGAUGGAAGACUUGGGAUGGCUACCCUUCUGAUGGUAAUUGUAAACAAAGAUGGUGAGACAGUAACUUGCCUGUUUUUCCUGGUUCUGUAUCUUGGCUUGUGCCACCUUCUGUUAUCAUUACUACAGUAUAUUGCUUGCUCUGUUUUUUUAAACAUUCAAAUGAAUGCUUAGUUGGUAUUUUAUACAAUUGUAUAGUAUGGGGCAUAUUUAAAUUAAAAUAUUUUGUCUUCUUGUAAA